UCUGGUGGUAGGUACACAGAGUCCCAGAAACACCUGGAGGACAGCAUUUAACUGAACGGGUGAAAAGGAAGAGCAGAGCAACAGUUUUUCUUUAUUCUUCGUGUUACGGUUCAGACUUGAAGACCAUGUUCAGAAAGUUUAACUUUGUCGGUCUCUGCCAUAUUUUUGUGUCUUUGCUUCUAGAUGGAUCUGCAGCCUUUAUAUCUAACGUGUCAACCCAGACUCGGCCUCCAAAUGUAACUGUUUGGGAUUCACCUUUUAUUCAGCUGAGAGCCAGGCUGCCGUCCUACUCGCAGCCAAUUCGUCCAUACAACCUGCUGACUAGUGCUGAAGACUACCAUUACUUGCCCAAACUCAGACAUCGUCGCCCCUCUCUACUCCUACAUCUUCUGGGAUCCUCCUUUGACCCAUUUUGGAUGUCCAUCGAUCAGCCAUCUGACGCGUCUGGGGUUUACAGUCGUGGUCGACCUUUGCCUGUCAAAUCACUCAACUACACCACUUUCAAAGAGAACCUGAGUUCUUCUCCAGAGCUCAGAGAAGCUGCAGCACACCGUCACCAGAAGCUGGAGAAGGAAGCUGCAGAGCUGGACCUCAGUUCUCUGCCCUUAGAUGUUGCCAGGGCAGUCAGAGACUGGCUGGUGCACUCAGCAACAUGCGAGCUACACUACCAGUGGGUCGAUCUGGGUCCAGCUUUCUGGCCACGUUGGCUGCGGCAGACUGAUUGUGAAAGAUCAGGUGCAGUGCAAAGUUGCUCCUUUCCCAGUGGGAUGGAGUGUGUGAGAGCUCAAACAACACACCUAAAGAUUCUGGCCUGGCAAUGCUUUGAAAUCAGAGAUGGAGGUGAUGGAUCCAGAGCAAUUAAGAGUGAAAGAUCUGAUGGCAACACUGAAGUGGGGACAAAAGAAGCAGCAAAUAGGUGUUUGUGGAGAAAAGUACCUUACCCUGUGGUCACUGCAUGUUCAUGUUCAUGUAAAUGAAUGUGGUUUCAAGAUUUUUUACAUCUGCAGCUAAGUUUCUGUAUGAAUAUUGAGUUUGUAUUUGAUGAACUUAAAACUGUGCUUUCCAUAUCCAGUCAUUACUACUUAAAUUUCUGGGCAAAACACCGCAUGCACCUUAAUGUUGUUGGCUUUACAUAAAAACAUAAUAAACAACUUGACAAUUUGUUAAAUUACUGAACUAGGGGGAAAUCAGAAACUCUUUGCGAGGGACAAUCUGAGUUAAUAGUCCAAACACAAUUCUCUAUUGUUGCUUUAUGGAACCAGUUGUAAAGUGGACGAAGUACAGUAAAGCUACUCAUUUACCUUCUCCAUUACGUGAUGGUCUGGAGGAGAUUUUACAAUCAAAUAGAAGAAAUGAAUCCAAAAUAAAUGUGUCGCCUGUUGUUCCAUUUAAAAAGCUAUGCUGACAAAUGUAUUUUUGCAACAAGAAAUGUUCUGUCUAGAAUAGCGUAUAAUCCAGUCAUUUUACCUGGCAUACAACACAAAUAAAGGUUUUAGAUGAGUUCAUGUCUCCG